CAAAUUUUCCAUUCACUAAUCUUCCAAUUCACAAAAUAUCUCAUAGUUUAUCCUCUAUAGUUCUAUCAUUCUCUCUCCUCACUUUCGCGUAUGGCGGAGACAACCAACUUGAACGGGGCCUACUAUGGUCCAUCGAUCCCUCCCCCAUCGAGGCCGUCCAAGUCCUACCACCGCCCCGGCCGCGGCGGCGGCUGUGGCCUCUGCGGCUGCCGCUGCCUCUUCAGCCUCAUCUUCAAGAUAAUCAUCACCGUCGUCGUCAUCGUCGGGCUCGCCGCCCUGAUCAUCUGGCUGGUCUUCCGUCCCAACAAGAUCAAGUACCACGUCACAGAGGCCACGUUGACCAAAUUCAACCUCACAAGCGACAACAUCCUCCACUACGACCUCGCCCUAAACAUCACCGUCCGAAACCCUAACAAGCGGAUCGGCGUCUACUACGACCGGAUCGAGGCGAGGGCGUACCUCGAAGACGAGAGGUUCAACACGAAGCUGCUGCCGAAGUUCUACCAGGGCCACAAGAACACCACCGUGCUCAGCCCGGUGUUCAGCGGCCAAAACGCGGUCGUCCUCAGCGGAGAAGAAAAGACGGAGUAUGAGCAGCAAAAGAAAGCUGGGGUUUACGACAUUGACGUGAAGCUUUACCUUCGGAUUAGGUUUAAGUUUGGUAAGGUCAAGACAUGGCGUUUGAAGCCCAAGAUCAAGUGUGACUUGAAGGUUCCGAUCUCCGCCGAUGGGAAGAGCCCCGCCGUUGGGUUUAAGAGGACAAAGUGCGAUAUUGAUUUUUGAUUAUCAUGAUCAGUUUUUGAAUAUUCUGUUUGAUUAUUCACUGUGUUCUUAUUAUUCUUUUGUUUUUUUUUUUCUUUUCUUUUCCUUCGUUGUAGUAUUACUUUUCAUUGUU